AUGGCCUCGUCACACAACCUCUUUUCUCGAUCUCCCAACCUCUCUACCCGAUCUUACGACUCUUCCUCAGUGUCGUCUGCUACGUCACCGAAGCCACCAUCGCAAUAUCUCGGGGGAAUCAUGAACACGAGCUCGAGGCCUGGCGGCAUCCUGCCCCCAGGUGCCAUGGGCGUGCCUCCUCUACCGCCCGUUGCAGCGAGUCCUGGCUACCCUCCUUACACGCCCAUGGCGGCUUUCGGGCGCGAGUCGGUACAUUCUACAGAUUCGGUAACGAGCACCCCGGGGUCUUCUCACUCGCACAUGGCUGCGCCCCCAGGCAGCUCGCAAAAGCGAGCAUAUCGCCAGCGGAGGAAGGAUCCCAGUUGUGAUGCCUGCCGUGAACGAAAGGUGAAAUGUGACGCGACGGAAACCACGAGUUGCUCUGAGUGCUCGAGCCGGAAUGUCAAGUGCCAGUUUACUAAGGAGACGAACCGUCGCAUGUCGUCUAUAAAGCAAGUUCAAGAUUUGGAGAAGCAGAUGAAUCAGGUUAGGCAAGAGAACAGCCACCUUCGACGCAGACUCGAGGGGAGAGAGGGGUCAAUAGACGUGGAAAUGGAAUCAGCAGAGGAUACACCCCUUUAUCUACCGCCACCAGGCUCCGAGCCUAGACGAAGGGAACGAUCGACGCCGAUGCCAGACUUGGCCAGAGCCAGAGCGAAUAUCCACAGCCUCUCCAAGGGGGUCUUCAAGGCCCCUACGCCAUAUCGUCUCGCCAUUCUGUCCACGUUUGAACCUCCUCGACCCGAUUUGCCGCCUCGCCAAAGUGCAGAACUUCUCCUCGCAGCAUAUUAUCGAUCAGCUCACACCAUGUUUCCGAUUCUCCACUGGCCUUCAUUCCAAAACGAAGUUGAUGAUAUAUAUAAUGGCCAAAUCUCGAAAGUUCCUCCCAGUAGUCUUUCUCUGUUCUUCUCAGUUCUGGCAACGGGGAGUUUGUUCAACGAGGAACCUCCUACUGGGCAAUCCUUUUACCGCCCUGCAGAGCUCCUCGAGACCGCCAAGAGUCUCCUGGAUCCAUGGAAUAACGAUUUUGACUUUGACACUUGCCGGAGUUUGGUUCUCAUUACCCUUUGUCUGAACGAGAUGAAUCUCAAGUCGGCUGCAUGGAAUCUGUUGGGCAACGCAGUUCGAGUCGCGCAAGACUUGGGCCUUUAUUUCGAUGCAGGGCCUUGGCCAAUUAUCGAAGGAGAGAUGCGACGACGGACAUGGUGGGCCAUAUAUGUCCUUGAUCGAACUUUGGCUUCCGAGCUGGGGCGUCCCAAGCUCAUUGAUGACGACGACAACGACGUGCCACUCCCGGCAGGUGUCGACGAUCAGUACAUCCGUCCGGACGGCACACUCGUACCAAAUGGAGUCCAGCCCCUGACGCAUUCUCUGCUUGCAGUUAUCCAUGUCGUGCGAUCAUAUGCACCUCUGAUGAAGGCACUCAGGCCACCGGUGGUGUCCCAGCAACGGCUUGCAGUUUUCGAAGCUCACUUCAAGCACUGCCUUGAAUCCUCGUUUCCAGCCCAAUGCUACCCUUCUAGCAACCUCCCUAUUGCCCCUCAUUUCCUGGCGCCAUUAGCCUACCUCUUUCACGCCCGUCUUGUUCUGCACAGACAUAAUUUAGCCCCGAGAUGCUCGCCAGCUACACGAUUAGCUGCUCUGGAGGGUUGUACGCUGGUUUCUCUCGACACAGCGGCACUGGUCCACAGGACAAAUGGCUCCUUGGCCGAGGGGGCAACAGCUCUGCUGGCAACCCACAUCUUCCGAUGCUACUUUGACCAGGCAGCUACUUGUAUUAGAGCUCUAGCUUCGAUCAGCACCCGUAGAGAUGUGGCGAUUCCAUGCGGCCGAUACCUCUUCUUCUUCGUCACCAGCCUGCUAGGGCCCAAGAGGGCGGAACAUCUUGAUUAUAUUCAACAGACGAGACCCCCGGCCUCGAUUCGAACACCGCAUGAUCAUCAGUCGGCCUUCCUACAAUCCCUGGUGGGGGACGAGGAGUUGAUUGCCUACGCCUCAUCCGACAUCCAGUCAUCACCUGAACACAAUUGGUUGUGGGCAGGGUUGGAACGAGAAACGGACAUCACCCAGACGACUUCCAUCUCGACGGCAUCCCCGUCGACAGCGAACAACGCCCUGUACAACUCGGAGGCGCGGACCGGCCUGACGAGCCAGGAGAGCAGGUCAUGGGGAGGCUGGGCCCAGCUUGAAUCCGCCACGCGCGCCCUCGCGCCGGGUGGCGCACCAGGACCUGCGCUCUCUUCUACCCCAACCCCGCCUGGCUCGGGCGGUACCUGGACGACACUCCCACCGCCGCAGAUCAAGACCGAGCCGUCGGCCUCCAACGUCGAACUCCCCCGCCUAUCCGACGCGCCGCGGUACAUGGCAGACGCACCGAGGGUGGUUAGAGAAGGCAGUACGGGCAGCCCCCCAGGGAGCGACUCGGCGAAAAGGGGCGUGGAUCGUCUGAGCAUUGCAAACAUAAUAUGA